AUGGCAGAUGAUGGAUGGAACAUCCAGUUCUCAGACUUGCAGACACUGAAGACCAUCGGUAAGGGCAAUUUCGGCAAAGUGUUCAAGGGCGUCUAUGUCGGAACGGAGGUCGCGAUCAAACAGCUGUACUACGUCGAUGACGAGGACAUGCAGAAGUAUAUCGAGCGAGAGAUGGCUACCCUCAAGGGCCUUCGUCAUCCAAACAUCGUGCAGCUGCUUGGGCUAUGCAAGGACGACACGGGCAUCUACAUAGUGACCGAGUUCAUCCCCGGCGGAGACUUGCGAUCCAAACUCAAGGAUGACAGCCUCGAACUGAGCUGGCUUCUGCGGGUCAAGAUCGCAAUCGAUGUGGCCUACGCCAUGAACUACCUCCACUCCAAGAAGAUGAUUCACAGAGACCUCAAGUCUCAGAAUCUGCUGGUGUGCGAGGACUGGAAGAUCAAGGUGUGCGACUUUGGCUUUGCGCGCAAGGCGGAACCCAAGGCCGACUUCCUCACGAUGUGCGGUACCGACGAGUGGAUGGCGCCCGAGGUUGGGCUGGGCGAGAAGUACGACACGCGGGCCGACGUCUUCUCCUACGGCAUGGUCCUGUGCGAGCUCGUCACCCGUCGCAAGCCGCCGCGGAGACAGGCCGGCCGGGCCUACGCCUUCGAGGUCAAGGAGCUCAAGACCCGCGCGCCGCCGGACACGCCGCCCGAACUGAUGGACCUCAUCGUCAACUGCGCUCAGUUUUACCCCGAGAAGAGGCCCACCUUCAGGGACAUCCUGCAGGACCUCAAGGAACUCUCUGCCAAGCUCGAACGUGAGAACCCCUCGCCGCCACCACUGCCGCCCGUCGUGUCUAGGUCGGCCAACUCGGACGACUCAUCGGACUCGUCCGACUCGUCUGAUUCCGAUGACGACGAUUCGUCGGACGAUGAUUCAUCCGAGGAGUCGAGCGAGGAGUUCGAGUCGAGUGCGGCGGGCGAUGAGGAGCUCAGCUACGGCGGCAUCGUCGAGGAGGACUGA